GCAUCCGUUUCCCUCGUUGCAAAUUGAUCUCACCCAUUUGUUUUUCUCAUUUGCUGUUGCUGAAACUUCACUACCUUAAACCCAUUGCUGUGGAGCCAUUUUUUUUUUUGCCAAAAAGGGUAAAUUGGGGAGAAUUUGGGAUUGAGAUUUAAGCAUUGAAUCGGAGGAGACCCUUUUGUUUUGGGUAAGAUGGAAAAUGGUCACAAAGAAGAUGGAGAUAUGGAACAUCCUGUUAAGUCUUCUGCACAUAAGGUUAACCCAGGGAAGCCUGCUUCACUGACUUGGCAACGAAAAUUAAAUACUAAAGCAAAUACACUUACAAGGUUCAAUCUAAAACUUCGAGAGAUAAAACAUCUGGCUCCAUUAGGUGUAAGACUGUGGCAUCAUGUCAAUGCAGAAGCAGCAAAAGGCAGAAUUUCCAUUAUUGAUCCUUUUAGCAAGCGUCUCGUUACAUCUUAUCAUGGUGUUCCUUUAGGUGGUAUUGGUGGAGGAAGCAUUGGAAGAAGUUACAGAGGUGAGUUUCAACGGUAUCAAUUAUUCCCCAGAAUAUGUGAAGAUAGCCCAGUCCUAGCAAAUCAAUUUUCUGUUUUUGUGUCACGCCCAAAUGGUAAAAAAUCUUCUACAGUAUUAUGCCCAAGGAAUCCGGAGGUGCUCAAAGGAAGUGCAUCUUCAGGCAUUGGAUCUUGGGAUUGGAACCUGGACGGUGAGAGUUGCACAUACCAUGCUUUAUAUCCAAGGGCCUGGACAGUAUAUGAGGGUGAACCUGAUCCAGAAAUUAGUAUCAUUUCUAGUCAAAUUUCUCCAUUUAUUCCCCAUAAUUACAAGGAGAGCAGCUUCCCUGUAUCAGUAUUUAAAUUCACGCUAUCAAAUUCUGGAAAGACUUCUGCAGAUAUCACCUUGCUUUUUACAUGGGCUAAUUCCGUGGGUGGGACCUCUGAAUUUUCUGGCCAUCACUACAAUUCAAAGAUGAAGACAAAAGAUGGUGUGCACGGAGUACUUCUACAUCACAAAACUGCAAAUGGACACCCUCCAGUGACUUUUGCCAUUGCAGCAGAGGAGACGGGAGACGUCCAUAUCUCGGAGUGUCCUUGUUUUUUGAUAUCUGGAAAUUCCUUGGGUGUAACAGCAAAAGAAAUGUGGCAAGAAAUUAAGCAGCAUGGAUCAUUUGACCACCUUGACUUUGAUGGAAGUUCGAUGCGCUCAGAACCAGGAUCAUCUAUUGGAGCAGCCGUAGCAGCUUCUUUGACACUUCCUCCUGACACAGUCCGCACUGUUACCUUUUCACUGGCCUGGGCCUGCCCAGAAGUGAGAUUUACUAGUGGAAAAACUUACCACAGGCGUUACACAAGAUUUUAUGGUACUCAUGUGGAUGCAGCAGAGGAGAUUGCACAUGAUGCUAUUCUUGAGCAUGCUAAUUGGGUGUCUGAGAUAGAAGCAUGGCAAGGACCAAUUCUUGAAGACAGAAGGCUUCCUGAAUGGUACCGGAUCACUCUCUUCAAUGAGCUUUAUUUUCUUAAUGCUGGGGGAACAAUUUGGACAGAUGGGUUACCUCCAAUGCAGAGUUUGGCAACCAUUGAACAGAUAAAAUUUUCCCUUGAUAGGUCAAUCUCAGAUCCUAAGAAUACAACAGAUAUUGUUCAUCAAAAUGACUCUACUGUUGAAAUUCUUGGGAGGAUGACAUCCAUGCUUGAGCAAAUACAUAAUCCGACAACAUCGAAUUCUGCUUUUGGUACCUAUUUGCUUCAAAGUGGAGAAGAAAAUGUUGGUCAGUUCCUAUAUCUUGAAGGAAUUGAAUAUCACAUGUGGAACACCUAUGAUGUCCAUUUCUACUCGUCUUUUGCCAUAAUCAUGCUCUUCCCUCAACUUGAACUCAGCAUCCAACGAGACUUUGCUGCAGCAGUAAUGGUGCAUGAUCCAAGCAGGAUGAAAAUUAUGAGUGAUGGAAAGUGGGUUCCCCGGAAGGUGCUUGGUGCUGUUCCCCAUGAUAUUGGAAUCAGUGAUCCAUGGUUUGAACUCAAUGCUUAUAAUCUUUAUGAUACAGAUAGGUGGAAAGACUUGAAUUCUAAAUUUGUUCUCCAAGUUUAUAGAGAUAUGGUUGCUACUGGUGAUAAAAAUUUUGCAAGAGCUGUUUGGCCCGCUGUAUAUAUUGCAAUCGCAUUUUUGGAUCAGUUUGACAAGGAUGGAGAUGGGAUGAUUGAGAACGAUGGGUUUCCUGAUCAGACUUAUGAUGCAUGGUCCGUUACUGGUGUGAGUGCAUAUUGUGGUGGACUCUGGGUAGCUGCCCUCCAGGCCGCUUCAGCCAUGGCUCGGGAAGUUGGUGAUAGUAUGACUGCUGAUUACUUUUGGUUCAAGUUCCAGAAGGCGAAGGCUGUAUAUGACAAGUUAUGGAAUGGUUCCUACUUUAAUUAUGAUAAUAGUGGUGGUAGUUCGAGUUCAUCAAUUCAAGCUGAUCAAUUGGCUGGACAAUGGUAUGCUAGAGCAUGUGGCCUUCAGCCAAUUGUUGAUGACGAAAAAGCGAGGAGUGCCCUUGAGAAGGUUUAUAAUUUCAACGUCCUGAAGGUCAAGGAAGGUAAGUGCGGGGCUGUGAAUGGGAUGCUGCCAGAUGGAAGAGUUGAUAUGUCAGCUAUGCAGUCGAGGGAAAUAUGGGCUGGAGUUACGUAUUCAGUUGCUGCAAAUAUGAUUCAUGAGGGGAUGGUAGAAACGGCCUUUAAUACUGCUUCUGGCAUCUAUGACGCUGCAUGGUCCCAAGAAGGUCUUGGCUAUUCGUUUCAAACUCCUGAGGCUUGGAACACUGAUGAAGAGUAUAGAUCUCUGUGUUACAUGAGGCCCUUGGCUAUAUGGGCAAUGCAGUGGGCACUGUCAAAGCCAGAGCUCCAUAACCAUGAUAUGAAACAUGAAGAGGGCAAAGGAACUUUGAAUUUUGAGCACCAUGUGGGAUUCGAAAAGGUUGCCCACCUUCUAAAGUUGCCGGAAGAGGAAGCUUCUAAAAGCUUCCUGCAGCUGUUUUUCGAUUUGACUUGCAGAAGACUGUAUACCUUACGACUCAAUUGAACCGAUGAUUGUGUCUACAGUUGGUGGAUUGAUAUUCAUGGAAUGGAUGAAUAAAUGAGUAUUAGAAAAACAAUAAACACCAUGUUUACUUGGUCA